GAUAAAUCUGGAAUGUACAAUCAUUCUCUGCUGUCUGGAUAACAAUUCAUAAUUCUCCAAAGACCGACAAAUGAAGAUGUGGAAGGAAAAACAGAAAACAUGUCUUCAGACAAAAAUCAACACAUCUGAGGAGGUUGCUGCCUCAGAUUUGUACAUGACUCUCAUGUCAUCUUCUAAAAGUCCUUCAGCAAAAGCUACUGAGCUUCAGAGUGACCUGAUAUUUCAAGAAAUUGGCUGCCGUGUCAAAGAGGUUGGUAGUCAGCUUGUAAAAAAGGUGAAUGCCAUCUUUCAGUGGGACAUCAUGAAUGGAGGGAAGACGGUGGCACAAUGGACUCUAGAUCUGAAGACUGGCUCUGGUGAAGUCUACCGUGGAGCUUCUCGCAAGUCAGCCAACACUGUGUUCAUUCUCUCUGACCAUGAUUUCAUGGAGCUUGUUCUGGGCAAGAUAAAACCACAGAAGGCUUUCCUGGUUGGGAAGGUGAAGGUGAAGGGCAACAUUCUGCUUGGUCAUAAACUGGAGUUGAUUCUGAAAGAGUACACCAAGUUCUGAGUUGCACAUCAGCAAGAAACUUGAUCAAAUCACUUAUUCUCUUUAGUCAAGAGGUUGGCCAUAGAGGAGAAUGAAAUUAAAAUGCAGAGUAUUUUA